AUGAAAUUAUUAAACUUCUUUUAUGAAACAUCAAAUAAAAAUUUAUCAUUUGAUGAAUUUUCUCAAGAUUUUCAAAGUUAUGCUAAUAAUCAAGGUCAACAAGAUUAUUUAAAUGCACAAAAUGAAGCUGAUCAAGAUAAUAUAUUUGGUGUACCAACAUUUAUUAUACGUGGUGAACUAUUUUUUGGAAAUGAUAGAAUUUCAUGGGUAAAAAAGAGAUUAGAUUCAUUUAAAUUACAUGACAUAUAA